AUGAGACUCCUGCUCCUGGCUCUUGCUGUCCUUGUGUCCCUACCACAAGUGAUCCCAGCCUAUGGUGGUGGAAAAAAAUGCUGGAACAACCAAGGACACUGCAGGAAAAACUGCAAAGCUGAUGAAGCAGUAAAAUCAGCCUGUAAAAACCAUCAAGCCUGCUGUGUUUCAGUCAAGGAAGGGCACAGGCAAAUUGAUGGACUAAGUCAUAUGGAUAAAGCACUGAAAAUAGCCCGGUGA